UGCGCUCGGCUCUCGGCUCUGCCUGGAGUUCUCAGUGCGGCGACAGCGGUGCUGAAUAUGGCGACAGACGGGAUGCUUUUAACAAACCACGACCACCAAAUCCGGGUCGGCGUCUUGACAGUAAGUGACAGCUGCUUUCGCAAUCUCGCUGAGGACCGCAGCGGGAUCAACCUCAAAGAUCUCGUGCACGACCCUUCCUUGCUUGGGGGAACCAUCUCAGCUUACAAAAUCGUUCCCGAUGAAAUCGAUGAGAUCAAGGAGACUCUGAUCGACUGGUGUGAUGAGAAAGAGUUAAACCUGAUUUUGACCACUGGUGGCACUGGCUUUGCUCCACGGGAUGUCACGCCUGAGGCCACUAAAGAGGUGAUCGAGCGGGAAGCUCCAGGGAUGUCUCUGGCCAUGCUGGUGGGCUCUCUGAAAGUCACUCCUCUGGGAAUGCUCUCCAGACCUGUGUGUGGUAUCCGAGGGAAAACUCUCAUCAUAAAUUUGCCAGGCAGUAAAAAAGGUUCACAGGAGGUGCCCAAUGAGCUGGAGGACCUGCCCUCGCCUCCGCCUCCUCCGUCCCCGCUGCCCACCAGCAGCCAGCACUGCCAGACCGAGGACAAGGGCGUGCAGUGUGAGGAAGAGGAGGAGGAGAAGAAGGACAGUGGUGUGGCCUCCACAGAGGACAGCUCCUCCUCGCACAUCACCGCCGCCUCUAUCGCUGCCAAGAUUCCCGACUCCAUCAUCUCACGGGGUGUUCAGGUCCUUCCCCGUGACACGGCAUCUCUGAGCACCACGCCAUCCGAGUCGCCGCGCGCCCAGGCUACCUCCCGCCUCUCCACCGCUUCCUGUCCCACCCCCAAGAUUCCCGACUCCAUCAUCUCACGGGGUGUUCAGGUCCUUCCCCGUGACACGGCAUCUCUGAGCACCACGCCAUCCGAGUCGCCGCGCGCCCAGGCUACCUCCCGCCUCUCCACCGCUUCCUGUCCCACCCCCAAGGCGCGGCUUCCCUCCUCUUCAUCCACCCUAAGCAUUGCUGAGGCGUCGCGGCGAGAGUUCAGAGCACACCUGGAUGAGGUCAUCACACUCAAGACAAGGUACUCUACCUUGGACCAGCUCCAGUGUAGGUUGGAGGUGCUUAAAGAUGAUCGCCAUGGCCAUAGGACCUUCAGUUCUCGAGUGCAGUCACGAUGCAGCAGCAAAGAAAACAUCUUACGAGCAAGUCAUAGUGCAGUGGACAUCACCAAAGUGGCUCGGAGACACCGUAUGUCUCCAUUCCCUCUCACCUCUAUGGAUAAAGCCUUCAUCACUGUGCUGGAGAUGACCGCAGUUCUGGGCACUGAGAUCAUUAACUACAGAGACGGCAUGGGUCGAGUUCUGGCUCAGGACGUUUAUGCCAAAGACAACCUGCCUCCGUUCCCUGCCUCCGUUAAAGACGGCUAUGCUGCUGGAGAGCAGGUGAGAAAAGAAAAGAUAUCGUUUGAGAAAUCCACCUUCAGAUGUGAGGGAAAUGAUCCAUACGUGUGUUUCCAGCCCACACACACCGUGAUGCCGGGUCAGGUGAUGCGGGUGACGACAGGUGCUCCUAUUCCAUGCGGCGCCGACGCUGUGGUUCAAGUAGAAGACACCGAACUCCUGCGAGAGUCUGAAGACGGCACAGAAGAGCUCGAGGUGCGGAUUCUGAUUCAAGCUCGUCCAGGUCAAGACAUCAGGCCCAUCGGUCACGACAUUAAGCGUGGUGAAUGUGUGUUGGGCAAAGGCACUCACAUGGGCUCGUCUGAAAUCGGUCUGCUGGCCACGGUGGGCGUCACAGAGGUGGAAGUGCAGAAGUUUCCCGUCGUGGCUGUGAUGUCUACAGGCAACGAGCUGCUGAACCCAGAGGACGAUUUACACCCCGGGAAGAUCAGAGACUCGAAUCGCUCGACGCUGCUGGCCACCAUACAGGAGCACGGAUACCCCACCAUCAACCUGGGCAUCGUGGGAGACAACCCUGAUGACCUGCUGAAUGCUCUGAACGAGGGAAUCAGUCGCGCUGAUGUCAUCAUCACCUCAGGGGGCGUGUCCAUGGGGGAAAAGGAUUACCUGAAACAGGUACUUGAUAUCGACCUUCAUGCUCAGAUACACUUUGGUCGUGUCUUCAUGAAACCAGGUCUCCCCACAUCAUUUGCCACUGUUGAUAUGGACGGGUCUCGAAAACUUAUCUUUGCUCUGCCAGGUAACCCUGUGUCAGCAGUCGUAACAUGUAACCUCUUCGUCAUUCCUGCCUUGAGGAAGAUGCAGGGAAUCUUAGACCCGCGACCCACCAUAAUAAAAGCCAGGUUGUCAUGUGAUGUGAAGCUGGAUCCACGUCCAGAGUAUCACCGCUGUAUUUUGACAUGGCACCAUCAGGAACCUCUGCCAUGGGCACAGAGCACAGGGAACCAGGUUAGCAGCAGACUCAUGAGCAUGCGCAGCGCUAACGGACUCCUGAUGCUACCUCCCAAAACCGAGCAAUACGUGGAGCUGCACAAGGGCGAGGUGGUGGACGUCAUGGUCAUCGGCCGUCUAUGAUGACAGGAGCGGGCUGACGGACGGAGAGCGACGGGUGGUUCACGGUGCAUGUUCACAUAUCAUUGACUGUAAUAUGCAACGGCACAGCUAGUUUUUAUUGAUUUGGAUAACGCUGAAGUAUAGUCAACAUCUUGAUCACAAACCUAGAUACAUAUGAGAAAGAAAAUAUU